AUUAUAUAUACACUAAUGGAAUUAAAAACUAAUCAUUCGUUAUUCAGAAUUUAAUGCCUAGUUUUAAAAUGAAGAAUUGGCAAUUAAUAUCUCUUUUGUUAAUAAUAUCUAGUUUGAUAUUUAACGAAGCAAUUAAAUAUGAGGAAGACGAUGAAAUAAAAGAAUAUGAAAAUAUUACGACGAUAGAAGCAGCCAAUGGAGACUUGAAUGGUUUAAUAUAUGCUCAUAAAAAUGGAUGUCCUUGGGAUGAAAGCACAACAAAAGCAGCUGCUUCUAAUGGUGAAUUAGAAUGUUUAAUAUAUGCUCAUAAAAAUAAAUGUCCUUGGGAUAAAAGCACAACAGAAGCCGCUGCUUCUAAUGGUGAAUUAAAAUGUUUAAUAUAUGCUCAUGAAAAUAAAUGUCCGUGGGAUGUAUACACAACAAUAGCAGCUGCUUCUAAUGAUAAAACAGAAUGUUUAGAGUAUGCUCAUAAAAAUAAAUGUCCAUGGGAUAAAAGAACAACAGCAUCUGCCGCUUUCUCUGGUAAUUUAGAAUGUUUAAAAUAUGCUCGUGAAAAUGGAUGUCCGUGGGAUGAAAGCACAACAAUAGCUGCUGCUGCUAAUGGUAAAUUAGAAUGUUUAAAAUAUGCUCAUUUAAAAAAAUGUCCAUGGAAUGAAAGAACGACAGAAGCAGCUGCAAAAUAUAAUAACUUACAAUGUUUAAUAUAUGCUCAUAAAAAUGGGUGUAAUUGGGAUAAAAAGACAAUUGUAUCAAGUGCUAUUAAAAAUGAUAAUCUAGAAAUGUUAAAAUAUUCUUGCGAUGAUUUAGAAGAAAUGAAAGAAUUCCUUGCUACUUUUGCUGCUUCUAAUGGUAGUAUUGAAAUUUUAAAAUACGCUCAUAAAAAUGGAUUCCAAUGGGAUGAUGAAACAACAGAAGAAGCUGCUUCUAAUGGUAAAUUAGAAUGUUUAAAAUAUGCUCAUGAAAAUGAAUGUCCGUGGGAUGAAAGUACAACAGAAGCAGCUGCUUCUAAUGGACAUUUAGAUUGUCUAAUGUACGCCUAUGAAAAUGGAUGUCCGUGGAAUAGAAGGACAACAAUACAAGCUGCUGUUCAUGGUGAAUUACAAUGUUUGGAAUAUGCUCAUGAAAAUGGAUGCCCGUUGGAUGAAAUCGCAGCAACAGGAGCUGCUGUUCAUGAUAAAUUGGAUUGUUUAAAAUAUAUCCAUGAAAAUGAAUGUCCAUGGGGUGAAGAAACAACAAGAGCAGCUGCAUCAUAUGAUAAUUUAGAAUGCUUAAAAUAUGCUCAUGAAAAUGGCUGUGAAUGGGAUCCAAUCAAAAUUGCAAGUAUUGCUAUUGAUCAUGAUAAUGUAGAAAUUUUCAAAUAUUCUUGCGAAAAUUUAGUGGAAUUAAAAAUAGUAUUCAUUUCUAUGGCUGCCUAUAAAGGUAGUAUAAACAUUUUAAAAUAUGCCCAUGAAAAUGGAUGGCCGUGGGAUGAAAGAACAACAGAAGAAGCUGCUUCUAAUGGUAAAUUAGAAUGUUUAAAAUAUGCUCAUGAAAAUGAAUGUCCGUGGGAUGAAAGUACAACAGAAGCAGCUGCAUCUAAUGGACAUUUAGAUUGUCUAAUGUACGCCUAUGAAAAUGGAUGUCCGUGGGAUGAAAGCACAACAAUAGCAGCUGCCUCGAAUGGUCAUUUGAAUUGUUUAACAUAUGCUCACGAAAAAGAAUGUCCAUGGGAUGAAGAAACAACAGAAGCAGCUGCUUCUAGUGGUCAAUUGGAAUGUUUAACAUAUGCUCAUAAAAAUGGAUGUCCGUGGAAUGAAAGCACAACAAUAGCAGCUGCGUUGAAUAGUAAUUUAGAAUGUUUAAAAUAUGCUCAUGAAAAAAAAUGUCCGUGGAAUGAAUUGACGGCAAAAGCGGCUGCACAAAGUGGUGAUCUAAAAUGUUUAAAAUAUGUCCAUGAAAAUGGUUGCAAAUGGGAUGAAGGCACAACUAGUGCUGCUGCAGCAAGUCGUAGUUUAGACUGUUUAAAGUAUGCCCACGAAAAAGGAUGUGUUUGGGAUAAGAGUACAACCAAAGCAGCUGCAGAAAGUGGCUGUUUUGAAUGUCUAGAGUACGCCCACAAAAAUAAAUGUGUUUGGGAUGAAACCACAACUAGUGCUGCUGCAUCGAGUGGCUGUUUUAAUUGUUUAAAGUAUGCCUAUGAAAAUGGAAGUGUUUGGGAUGAAAGUACAACUAGAGCUGCUGCAGCAAGUGGCUGUUUAGAUUGUUUGAUAUAUGCUAAUGAGAAGGGAUGUAUUUGGGAUAAACAUACAAUAGUUGCUGCAGCUGAGAAUGGUAAAUUAAAUUGUCUUAAAUAUGCCCGUGAAUAUGGUUGUGGUUGGGUUGAAGGUACUACGAAAGCCGCUGCAGCAAAUGGACAUUUAGAUUGCUUAAUGUAUGCUCAUGAAAAUGGAUGUGAGUGGGACGAAGGCACAAUAAAAGAAGCUGCUUCUAAUGGUAAAUUAGAAUGUUUAAAAUAUGCUCAUGAAAAUAAAUGUAAAUGGGAUAAAGAAACAACAAGUGGAGCUGCUGCAAAUGGUCAUUUAGAUUGCCUAAAAUAUGUUCAUGAAAAUGGGUGUGAGUGGGACGAUAGCACAACAAGACUGGCUGCUGAAAAAGGUCGAUAUCAGUGCUUAAAAUAUGCCCAUGAAAAUGAUUGUCCUUGGAGUAAAGGAACCAUUUAUGAAGCUAUUCAUGCUGAUUGUCCUUAUAUAGUCGACUAUGCUAUGAAAAAUGGGUGCUCCAGUUAAUUUCCUGUGAAAUAACAUUAAUUGUAUUAUAUUCAACUACGUUGCCUAUUAUUAUACUAUUUUAAAAUAAAUUAACUUGAGCUUUAAUGUA